AUUCAAGGCAAAGAUGGAAAGGAUGGACAACAUGGUGAGUCACAUUAAAGAAGCUGUGCCACGAAAUUCAGCCAAAUUAGCAAAAUUACAAAAUGCGCGUUAAAUCCAGGACAAACAUAAAAAUAACCGCUUAAAACAUUAAAGGAAGGUUAAAAUAACACAACAGAUACAACAGAUGCUACGGAUGGGGAAAACUGAAUAAGAUUGAAACGGAUUGAAAUUAGGGUUUUUGAAAACUCAGUUACCUAACAGUUUUUCAAAGUUAAUCCCUGCUGCUUGCAACUUCAAAAAUAAUGCUCAGGAGACAUAUUUGUUUGUCUCGGAUCUCUGAUUUUGUCAUUUAUUUGUUAUUUCUUUGCUUACUUUAAGUUCCAUAGCAAUUGUCAGGGCAAGUAAUUUGCAAAAUUAAACAAAAUGAAGUGGACUGCCGUGACUGCCUUCAUUACCAUUUACAUUAAUACAACAUUAUAUAAUUUAGAAAUAAUUAGUCUUUUGUUAUAAUCAAUUGUUAUUUUUGGUAAUUGCAGGAAAAGAUGGGCGCGAUGGAGUGAAUGGUGAUGUACAUUAUUUUAUUAAAUAUUACUAGUAAUAAAGGUUGCGGAGUGUGGGCAACAACGAUUGAAUGUCAAAAUGCUUUCACUCCGAUCCAGUGCUGUGCUUUGUGUGGUGGUCAAAAUAUACGUGAUUACAAGUGAUAUAAGGUCCAAACGCACGUGCUCAAACUGUGUUCUGUGCAUUCCAUACAUUCUUUGUGGAAGUCCAAACGAAUGGCUACAUACAUGCAAUGCAUGUGUAAUAACAACCUGGAGAUUAGAAUUGCAGGCUCCUCUUGUCGCCCGUGAUUAUCCUUUAUACAAAUACAAACAUGUCAAUAUAUACUUGCCAACUCUUUCUGAGUCAAAUUAAUAAAUUUAUUUAAAUGCAUGAGAUUUUUGUCCUUUCAUGGCAGGAGUUUCUUAAAACAUCCCAGGUACUUCCACAUAUUUCCAACAAUUUUCCGAAGACUUCCAAACUUUGCCAAAAAAUGUGUGAAGUUGUUCUGACAACCUUUAAGCAAUUCUGAAGUUAUUUCAAGUGUCAAAGGGAAAUUGAAUUGAAUUUUUCAGGGUUCGCACAGUCUUGAAAAGUCCUUGAAUUUUAGGGGAAGUCCUUGAAAAGUCCUUGAAUUCCAUUUUUCCUUGAAAAGUCCUUAAAUUUCUGUGCAAGUCCUUGAAAAGAGCUUGAAUUUUCUUCAACUUUGAAUGUAGUAGCCUGGAAAGAAUUUUUUGAUGCUUUUUGGUUGUCCAAGACAAAAUAUAAAUCGUAGCUCAGUGAAUGUAAAGGUCAUUUACAUAAAGUGCUCCAUGUUUUAUGCAAUAAUUAACUAUCAGUUUAAGACAAGUGAACUGAAAAAUGUAGAGAAUUUGGUGAAGCAAACAGUUAACGCCUUAAAGUCUUAUUAGAAUAUACUGGGAAUAUGCAUUUUUGUACAAUCUGUGAAAUUAUAUUCCUAGUAGGUAGUUUUUGAAAAUCUAAUGUGGUCCUUGAAAAGUCCUUGAAAAAUGGUUGCAAUUUUUUGUAUGAACCCUGUUUUUGUCAUUAAUCAUGUGUUAAAGAACAAUUAUUAUGUUUGUCAGGUGUGAGAAAUUGUCCUUGUCUCCGAGUGAAAUCAAGGUCUAGAAAUAAGUUCCCAGGCAUGAAACUCAUGCAUAAUGUGUUAGAGUUGUCAGACAUACUGUAACAAUUAUUCUCAAAAUAAAUCUUAACCAUGGCUUUCCUUCUUGUUAUCCCCCCUGUUGUAGCUUGUUGUCAGUGUUCUACCCUAGCUUGUUAUAUUACUAAUCCAAGGCUGUGCUCUAAGAAAUAUUGUAGGGAGUCCAGUGCUCUGAACCUGUGAAAAACAGGGAGCCAAGCAUCAGAUUUGUAUGGGAAAGCUAAGAUUUCCUAGUUGCUCAAGAUCAAAAGUAAUGGUUUGGGGGCCACUGACUGGGCGCUGCUCAGUAGAGCAUCAGCAGUGGAACCUCGAUAUAAUGAAUGGCCUAGGGACUGGCAAUAAUAUAACAGUCUAUAACGAGGUUUCAUUUUAUUGAGGUUUUUUUGUGAUAUAUUUUACUAUCAUGACUGGGGUAAACAAAAUAUUUUGUUAUACCGGGGACUUCGUUAUAUAGAGGUUCCACUGUAUCACUUUAAUUUGUUUAUUGUCUUGAACACAGGAAAAGAUGGCCGUGAUGGACGAGAUGGCAGUGGAACAAAGGUUGGCUUUUUUAAGCUUCAAACAUUGCUUUCUCUUUUUGCUGGAAGAAAAGUUCAGAAGUUCAAAUUAAAUGACCCAUGGAGCUGUAUGUCUCCAAUAAAAUGGUCUCUGUAGUGUGAAUAUAUCAAGUUGCCAAAAAAGAGGUUUUUUUGGACAUUUGGGCUUGUGUCUUUCCAGAGAAAGAAGAAUGAGAUGUUAAAUUACUUUUAAAAAACCAGAUAGUUUGCAAAAACGAAACAUGACUAAAAAAAUAAUAUAAAUUAUGGACUUAUUAUAAAAAUUGGAACGCAACUCUAAAAUAGUUAGCCAACUUUUUAAAGUUGUGUCACUGUGUAUUGGACAAAUAAAAAUUGCUACAUAAAUCUAUUUGAUUUGCUUUUUCCCUCACUGAUUCACUUGUAAAACUUGCCGUUGGCACAAUUAAGAGGAAAAACACCUGCUCAUGUUUUUAAGACGGAACCCACAAAUGUGAAUAAAUUGUAUUGCAUACGCUGUACCUCAGUUAAUUAUGUUAUUUUAAUGAAAUGUAAUUUCACCCCACUUUCAUUUUUUAGCGGAGCUCCCGCGCGCGCGAAGCGCGCGCGCAGCGGAGCACCAUGGGUAAGAAAAUUUGGUAAACCAUCCAUCCCAGAAAAUUUGGUUAUGACGUAGCGUACGCCCGUCCGUACACACACUUCAUGUAAGCCGAUGUCAAAUGUCACAAUAGAUCUGCUCAACUUGACUAGCCUCUUAGUUAUGUAAGCUAUCCGUAUGAGUACGAUUAGAUUGACAGCUGUCAAAAUCAGACAUCCGCUGACAAUUAUCACAUGACCGUCUCGCGGGCUCAGAUAAAAGACCAGUCGUUUUGCCCCUAUAUAUAAGCUGAUAUAAUAUGUCACACUUACCAAUUCAACAUAAAAACGAAACUACGCCGGGCAAGGCUGUCAGUUGGCUGACAGUCGUUUAAAGUUACAUUGGCAGGCCAAAUUAAGGUCAAUUGACAGCUGUCAAAAUGGGACAUGUGCAGACCGCUAUCAGAAAACUAAUAACGAGGGCUCAGGUUCGCUCAGGUACACGAUCUGGCAUUUUCUACUACAUGCCGGACGGAAAUGUCCUACUCACACUCGUAGUCUGUUAAUUCGAAUAUUCGCCGUUCUAAUGAAGGUUAAUUGACAGCUGUCAAACUAGAGUAUACGCUGACCAUCAUCACCUGAGUGGAUCGCGGGCUCAUUUUUCUAUCUAUUGAGGUCACGUAGUGUUUAAAGUUUUGCGCUGAUAUUUUAUUUGAUCACGGGCUCAAUUCGAAGCCCCAUAGCUUUAUAGAAAAUGUAUCCAUCCUAGAAAAUUCGGCAAUCACGUGACCGUACCCGACCACCCGACCCUCCGUCUGUCCGCACCACAGGCAUACUAAUGUUUAAUCUUACACUUUCUAGCUAGUUUGGGACCUGCAACCUGAUAUUGUACAUCCAUGUUUUGAUUAAUUGACAGCUGUCAAAACAGUGUUUCUGCUGACCAGUAUCGCCUGACUGUAUCGCGGGCUCAGGUAUCGACCCUCUGAGUUCGAGUAAUAUUUUGAAGGUAUUCGCUGACAAGUUGCUACUUUUCAAAUGAUCGCAGGCUCAAGUUCAAUUUUUUUAAAAUGCAUAUGAAAUAAGUCGUAUUUCAUGAGCCGCACUUUUAAAAUGUUGAUUUCGAACUGAUCUCGGACACGAAAAUUCAACCGGCUUUUACAUUUACAUGCAGGGAAGGCAAUCGCUUUUGACUUUUCUCACUGUCACGCGUUGAUCACGCUCUACGUCCAAUUUUUAUGUUCUGAUUGGUCAAAAUUUGACAGGUGAGUUUAUGCGGAAAAUUUUUGCAGCGUCUGGAAACUUGCUUACUGAUAGCUGGAGCUGAGAGAGUUUUGUGUCAUCUUGUGAUGUUUUAAACUGUCUUUUUCUACUUGGUGUACAAAAUGAAAUACAGCUGCUAUCAAGAUUGUUCUGUAAUUCGUGGUUUGUUUAUUGCGCUUUUUGUUGACAAAUGCACCGCUUGUCAAAGUCAUUGGAAAUCCGAUUUCGGAUGGCAUCGUUUUCAAAAAUGAGCUUACUCACUAGCCCUUGCUUGAGGCGUAAGAAGGUUGAAAAGUCUCAAGCGAUUCUGGAACACUUGAUGACCUUCAGAAGCAGCAUCUCGACUGGUAAGCUUGAGCCAUUAUUGUUUUUGAUGUUUUUUUUUCGGUUUCCUGAAGUCGAGCGUAUGGUUUAUGCGGCUUAAGUUAAAACACGAGCAAUGAUCUAACCUACAAUAUCAACAGUAUCAGCUUUAAAAAGCCUUUAGACAUUUUUUGACCCGCAAAUUCAAAGAAAAGGUUCCGAAGAUUAUUUAGUUAUGAUUUUGGCUGUAAACAGAAAGCUCUGAGCGAUUUUCUUGCCUCGAGUUGAUUUUGAGAAAGAGCGAACACCGGGAAGCCGGCUUAAAACAUAAAUAAGCUUAUGCUUGCCUGACUCAUGAUUUUCUGAGACACUUUCCUCUCAAUACUUCUCUUCGUGAAUGAAAAUUAUUGUCUCUGUACAUGUUUCACCGAAUUAAACUUAUUUUAUUGAUCGUUAGUAGUCCCUCUCGCAAUUUUCAUCGCUGCACCGGUUGUUUCCAGUCGAACAUAAACAUCGCAUGUGGGAAUACUCAAAACGCCGCGCGUAAAUAUCACUCGCUUUUAAAGAUUACACAACAAAAUCAUACACAGUUUAAUGAAUAAAGGGAAAUAAAACCUAAACAUAACAAUUUCUCUAUCAUGUUGAAACGUAAAUAGUAACUCUAUUAAUCGCACUGCAAAUUUGGUGCCUGUCAAAAGUGAGAACCCGUUCGGCUGGCCGAAAAGUGAUUUUGGGAAUUUUUUUAUCGUUUUCAUUAAAAGCCCAUAAUUAUUACCCCGCAUAUCACAUAGGACCAGAUUUUUCUAACAGAAAACGUUUUAUAAUUCAAUGCUAUAAUUUGUUGUGCAAAGGAAGCGCGUACGUUGAUCGUCGUGGAUAUUGAAUCAGUGCAAAUUCUCUUGCAAAAUUGUGAAAAACUGCAGAAUUAUAAGUUUAAAUAGGGCAAAAAAGAACAAAUUCUGUCCGAGGUCUGUGUACUGUUUACCUGAGACGCGAUGAGAAAAAGUAUGUUUAAAAGGCUGGUUUAAACGCCACCAGAUUGGUCGCCAAGAUUUACUAGUAAACUAAACUUGUCGAACACAAAAAAUCCGGCCUGAUUUUUAUUUUGGCCUUUCUUUUAGACAGAGGAAUGCAACGUGUAAAUUGGCCGCCACCAAGGACUAUCGUGGCGCAUGUGUUUCUUAAAAUUAUAUUUCGGGGUUGUCCAAUUAUCCAUAGUCUCUCUAACGGAGCAAUGUUGGAGAGACUGGUGAAUGCCACAUUAUGAUGCUACAGCUAAUGCAAAUACAAUACACGAAUAGGUCUAUUUGUUUUCCAGGCCUAAUCUACUGUGAUCGAACAUGAUUGCUAUUUUUCGGUGUACAAAUAACUUGAUGUAAAAUUUGUUUCACUCUUGGACGGUCGAAUUCUGAUUUUUGUCUAAGAUCACUCAGCCUUUGCCUCAAAAGUCAAAUGAAUGUGCCCUGAUCUGUGGAUUACAAGUUUAUUGUUUGAUUGAAAUUAUGAAUUUAUUAACGGGAGCUUCGCUUUUAGCCCUGGCUAAAUCUAUAUAUUACGAAAUGAUGCCUAUCUUGUUCACAGUUAAUGCUGGCAAUAUGCUGGCUCCUAAUAUGGGAAGUUAUGGGUGGCUCAAAGGCGACUGGGUUAAGAUUCAUGUAGUGUAACCUUCCUUUGAUACCCUAUUCUAUGGACCUUAUAUACCUCUAGUGUUAACGCAAUGACUAAGCAGCUGUGUAUAUAGAUGAACUCAGACCAAAUGUUAAAUUUAAAUGGUUGGUCUGAAGCUGUUUUGAUUACUUUGAUUUAACAAAAAAAGUGAAAAAAGGUGCACUAUGUGUUGAUUCUUGAUUUUUUUGUUAUGAUAAGUAAAUAAACUCAUCUUAGUGGUAGUACUUGUACGUCCAUGAAGCUAAUAUAAAUAAAUAAAAGUAGUAGUUAUUUUUCAGUGAUAGUUUUUGCAGUUUUGGUUUCACUUCUAUUUGUAAAUAUCUAUGUUAGGGAGAAAAAGGAGAAACAGGGAUGCCAGGAAAAGAUGGAAAUGCUGGCGUUAAGGUAUUAUUGACAUGUACUGCUUUUUUAAUAGUCGUUUUGAGUUUUUGGAUCCAUAUACUUCCAUAAAAAGUCAUUGAAUAUAAGUUUAAGUUGAACGAUGCAAAAUCAGCAAAAUCAUAACCAGACGAGUUUUAACUCGUCUGGUUAUCAAAAUAGAGUUAAAACUUUAUUUUGAUCUCCACCACACUAAAGACAAGCAAACUGGCUAUUCUCUUAGCAUUUGUAUUAAAAAUAAUAAUGAUGAUGGUGAUAGUAAUAACAAUAAUAAUGAAAUACUAAUACUAAUACUAAUAAUAAUUUUUAUAGAGGGAACCCAACUUCCCAUGGCAGUUUUAAGUGGGUCCCUCAUUAAAGUUACUAAAGUAAUUAAUUGAUAAAAAGUAAAACCUUGCUGCAAAAAGGAAAAAAAGAGUUAAGAUCUUAAAAUUCGCAGUAAAAAGUAGACUUUUUCUAGAGUGAGAAGUUCCCAAAACAUUGUUCCCUAUUUUAACUUUAAGGUUGCUGAGGACAGUUUCUCUAGAAAUGCUUUAUGCAUUUACUAUGCAUGCUAACAUUUUAAUUAUGAGAACAUAUGCAGCCAAUUAGCUUUUAAAGAAAAAAGUGUGAGGACAAGUUGAGAAGUUUCUACGUCUACUUCAAUACUUCUAGACGCUUUCACAUCUAAGAGAUUAAUAAUGCAGAAAAAUAAAAAUAAAAUAAUAGAAAUAAGGAAAAAAUAAUUUAAAAAACGUUGCUUAGAUGAUUACAAAAGUUUGGGUAACUUUCUCCUCUUAUUAUUAAAGGGAUAAGAUUCCAUGUUGCCGUGCGUCUGUUCGGUAAUAGAUCACAGAUGACGUCAAAAUGUCGUAAAAACAAAAAAGUGGCACACGAGCCGCAGGCGAGUGUGUCACUGUUGUUUUUACCACAUUUUGACGUCCUCUGUGAUCUAUUACUGAACAGACCCACUGCAACAUGGAAUCUAUUUGUUUUAUACAAUGAUCAGAAAAGAAAAAGAGCGAUACACAUACUUGCCUCGAACCGCUUGACCUUUUGAGGAUUUGUGCUAGUUUAGGCAUUUUUUAAGUCCCAAACCCAACUUUUCAUCUUAGCUUCUUCUUUAUCUUACUUGUGUACAGUUUCUUCGAAAAGCUUUUCACCGUCUUUUCUUGCUCAAAGAAGAAUAAUAGCGAAAACAUUUUGCAAAACAGCGAGUCUCUCGUAGCGAAGACACACGAUGGCAACUAUUGUGAAGAUUACUUGUAGUUUAGGCAUUGUCAUGUAGUCAAUAGCUUUUUUGGUCUCCGUUUCUCCAUUUUUCUUCUUUGUAAAUAGCUCCUGCUAAACUUUUCCCGAAGCUUUCACUUGCCUCAAUCGGAAAUAAUCUCACAAACAUUUUCAAAACCGCGUGUCAUGUUGAACAAAACAAAGAAAACAAGUUUCCCGUGACGUCAUCCAUGUAUCUGUACUCUAAUAGAUCAUGGGCAACGACCAAUCACAGCGCGCGUAGCAGUCACAUCAUUGUAUAAUCCCUUAUAGUUGUCAAUUAUUGUCAGGGGAAAUUUAUUCUGUUUUUGUCUACUUUGAUUUGUUGACUUUCAAAGGCAACGUAAACAAACGACAAUAGUUUUACUUUAAAAUCUACUGAUUAAAAUUUGUCGACAUUUAGCAGAAAUCCUCGUCAUGCCGUACUGUAGUCAAUGAGACCCUCAAAUAAACAACAAACAAAGGAAUUUUGUGACAUGAAAGCUAUUUUGAAUUCUAAAAAAAAUUCAAAAACUGUUUGUUGCAAUUUGGUUGAGGUGCUUUAAAGUCUGAGGGUUACUAACUGUAAGCUGUACGCAAAUUCAUAAGGAAGUCAAACAGCUGAAUUUUGAGUAAACCAAACAAAUAUUCAAAAUUUUAGGCUUCUUUUUAACUUAAUGAAUGCAAUGUCUUACACACCCCAAGAAAUGGUAAUGAUCAUAACGACCUAUCAAACCGUCUUUGGUAACCGUAAAAUCUGCAGACUUGGCCUUUAAAUUAGUUUAUCCCGGCCUGUUUCCUACUGUCUUUUUAAAUUAAUUUCUCCUGAUCAUUAGUUUCAUUUGUUUUUCGUACUUUUCAUUAUCUCUAACUCUUUUCUGUUAUCUUCAUCAUCAUCAUUGUCACUAUUUUGUUACAGUUUAAUAGCUUUGUUUACUUACUAUUAUUAUUAUUAUUAGUAGUAUUAGUAUUAGUAUUAUCAUCAUCAUCUUGUGUGGUUAUUAUUAUUUCUGUUGUAGGGGGAGAAAGGAGAACCAGGAAUGGAUAAAAACAGUAAUGGUCGUGUUAAAGUAAGCGUAACUUAAUUUAUACUUCUUUUUGAAGACAGAAAUGACCAAGUUUCAGAGUCCAAAACAAACAGGAAAGCGCAUGCUUUAUCCUUACAGCAACAAAGGAGUCAUUCAAUUUUCUUUAAUGGUCCUGACCUACGAAUGAAGAAUCAUUAAUAUUACCUUUGAUUUCUCCACAAAGGGUGAGAAAGGAUCUCGUGGUGACAAAGGGUCACAAGGAGAGAAGGGAUCACAAGGACAAAAAGGAAUUCAGGGAACGUGUGAUACAAAGGUAAUUGUCAUAAAACAUUUUCCAGAUUUUCAAUCUCCGUAACCUUUUAUAUAUAUAUAUAUAUAUCUAUAAUUCUUUUUACGAAAGCCUUAUUAAUUUUAUUACCAUAGACUUCAUACACGUGUUGCAUUCACGGUCUCUUCUUUUUCCUGUUAUGUUUAAAAUAGGAAGGGUGCGUGAGUUAGCGGCAAGGCCAUGACAAGUGACAAUCGAGAUUUUUAAAUACUGGUACAAGUCAACUCACAUGUCCCACAAGUUCAAGGAAAGAGGAAGAAAAUACUCGCAGUCUUUGUUCACUGACAUUAAACAUGAUGUUAUCAUUAGAUUUAUAUCUCAAUGUUAUCUUGAAAGUGGGAGCCUUUUUACAUCUCUUGAUGUUCGAUCAAGGGAGAUUGUCGUCAGAAGAAGUUGACUGUACGGGUGUUAAACCCUAUAGUUUGCAUGAAUAACUACAUUUUAGGAGAUUGCAAGCUUUGUUAUUAAAUUGUAUUUUGUUGUUUUUAUUUUGCCUUUUAGAGCAAAUCGAAGUGCUGUUUAGCUGGUAUGAGCAUUAUUUAUUACUUUUGUCUACGAUACACAUGUACAUUGAUUCAUUAGAAAGAAGAGCUGCCGAAAUACGUGGCUCCUUCACAUGUACAUUAAAACUGCAAAAACAACACAUGAGUUACAUGUACCUUUCUACCUUAUUUUCGAUUUAUUCUAGUUGUUUUUUAUAGUAAUUGUUUGAUAACAAAGAUUUUCAACAUUUUUUUUUCUUGUGGAAGAUUGCUCUAUUGGAUUCCACUUCUUUGAGAAAGUUCAAGAACUUCCAACCCGCGGAGCAGUAGAUGUGGAACAUUUCACCAUUGAUGGAAGCUUGUUUCUUGCUUUUGCCAACUAUCAUGGGGACAUUAAAAAACACAAGACAGGUUCCAUGAUCUACAAGAUGGAUAACUCGACUGGAAGAUUGUCUUUGUACCAGACCCUGCAGACAAGAGGAGCUUUUGACCUGGAGUACUUUUCUAUCGCAAACAAACAUUUUCUUGCUGUCGCUAAUCAUUACGAUGGAACUCACCGGCUGGACUCUACAGUCUAUCAAUGGAAUGGAAAGCUGUUUGUCGACUUUCAGAAAUUGUCAACAAACGGAGCAAGUCACUUCACCUAUUUCAAGAUACUUGGGGAAAGGUAUCUCGCAGUAGCCAACCGCUAUGACGGAAGUACCCACUCUACAAAAUCAGUUAUCUACAAAUGGAGCAGCGGCAAGUUUAACAGAUUUCAAGACAUACCAACUGAAGGUGCCGUGGGAUGUACAGCGUUUGUGAUAAACGGUGACACAUUCAUCGCUUUUGCAAACUAUUACAACUCCCAACACAAGUAUUCUGUUCAGUCCACUGUGUUCAAGUGGUCAGGAGAUCAUUUUGUUAAACUGCAGUCUCUUCAGACUUAUGGAACAUUUCAUGUCAUGUCUUUUAACAUUAACACUCACACAUUCCUCGUCUUUGCCAACCGCUACUCUGGAAGUAAACACAACAUCGACUCCUUCGUUUACAAGUGGAACGGCAACAAGUUCGUCUUGUUCCAGUCCUUACCUACUCAUGGGGCUGUCGCUUGGCACCCAUUUGUGAUCAGCGGUCAAACGUAUCUGGGUGUGUCUAAUUACUAUGAUGACAGUAAGAAAUACAACACUCAGUCAGUUGUGUACCAAGCUUCUGGAGCGCAGUUCAUCAAGUACCAAGAGAUUUCAACAGAUGGAGGGCAUGGUAUGACGUCAUUUGAGUACAAAGGUCAUACUUACCUUGCAGUGGUAAACCAUUACAACAAGAAAUUUAACCUAAACAGCGCCCUGUACAAGUGUGUA